AUUGUGGACCAUCUGUCUGGCCUAAUGGAUACGUCAUGGAUUCGUGUUUCGGAGUUAGCUGCCAUACUUGGCAUGCAAGUGGAAGACGUUGUAGAGACACUUGACUGGUUGCAGCUAUAUGAUCCAUCUUUGGUGUCAGAAACACCUGAAAAUAUAGAGCCGUGGGUGUUUGUCUACAUUAAAAAGCUAGAAUUACUACGCAAGACCGUUGCGCGACCUCCACGUUUGACGUUAAACUCACGACUGCUCCAUUGGCGACCUAAUAAGGCAUAG